AUGUCCCUUCUCUACUCGAAUCGAACUCAUCUCCUUCUCUCUCUCUCGACUCAACCUCCACCACGCUCUCUCAACUUAAGCUCUCUCUCUUUGUCUCUCUCUGUGUCUCAAGCUCAACUCAAACCCGUCAGCCACCAUUGUCAACAGCCGCUCCCAACCUUUGAUUUGGAGGGAUUGUUGCUGAAAUGGAGUCUAGCCACUCUAACACACAUAAUGCCUCUAAUCCCCAAACACAAACCGAUACACCCAAAACACAAUUUCCAACUCAAACACAAAAUCACACAAGUGAGGGGUUUAUGGUGGGGGAUAGGAUAUAAAGAGGUUGGAGGGGGUGUGAGCCAAAUUGAUGAGGAUGAGAUUGAUGAUGAGGUUGCACAAAUUGGUGAUGAUGUUGAUGUCACAUUUCAACUAAUGCAACAACUUGUGCAAAAGAGGAAGGAUGAACAAUCCGUUGAGAUUUCCAAUGAAAUGGAUAAGUACUUGACAGAUCCUUUUGAGAGCCCCUUGAGCAAACAAUUCAAUCUCUUGAAUUUGUGGAAAGGGAACCAAACAAGAUAUCAUAUUCUUUCACAAGUUGCCAAGGAUAUCUUUGCAAUUUCAAGUUCUACGGUUGCUAGUGAAAAUGUUUUUAGCCUAGGCAAGAGGAUUGUGGAUCCUUUUAGAAGCUCUUUGCAUCCUAAAAUGGUAGAGGCAUUAGUGUGUACUAGUGAUUGGCUUAGAGCGGACGAAUUUUCCUUUUACAAGGAACCAACGGAUGAUGAGGUUGAAUUCUAUAAGGAAAUGGAACAUAUGACAACUUAUAGCAUUGGUACUCAAACAACACAACGGGGGUUCUUCAAAUCCACUCACCACCAACACUUGAGUUUGAUUUGGAACUGGAAUGCUUGA